UACGCGUUCGAAAAGGGAAGGUUUAUCGCUCUUUUCGUUCAACGCUGUGUUGAAUGUGGAACGUGGCACGGAAUCUAUUUUAAUCCAAGACAUAAAAUACUUUAAAAUCAUUGUAAAAUGACUGAAACUCUUCAACUGAGAGGUACACUUAGGGGGCAUAAUGGACCGGUUACCCAAAUUGCUACAAAUCCUAAAUAUCCGGAUAUGAUAUUGUCUUCUUCACGUGACAAAACUUUGAUCGUAUGGAAACUAACACGUGAUGAAGCAAAUUAUGGCAUUCCUCAAAAACGCUUAUAUGGUCAUUCUCAUUUCAUCAGUGAUGUAGUUCUAUCGUCUGAUGGUAAUUAUGCCCUUUCUGGUUCAUGGGACAAAACUCUUCGUCUUUGGGAUUUAGCUGCAGGACGUACGACAAGAAGAUUUGAAGAUCAUACCAAGGAUGUUUUAAGCGUUGCCUUUUCUGUGGACAAUCGUCAAAUUGUUUCUGGUUCUCGAGAUAAAACAAUUAAAUUAUGGAAUACUUUGGCUGAGUGUAAAUACACUAUUCAAGAUGAAGGACAUUCAGAUUGGGUCAGCUGUGUGCGUUUUUCUCCAAAUCAUUCAAAUCCUAUCAUUGUUUCCGCAGGUUGGGAUAAAUUGGUUAAGGUAUGGAAUUUAACGAACUGCAGAUUGAAGAUUAAUCACAGUGGGCACACUGGAUAUCUUAAUACAGUUACUGUUUCUCCUGAUGGUUCACUUUGUGCUUCUGGUGGCAAGGAUUGCAAGGCUAUGUUAUGGGAUUUAAAUGAUGGAAAGCACCUUCACACCUUAGACCAUAAUGACAUUAUAACUGCUCUUUGCUUUAGUCCUAACCGCUAUUGGCUUUGUGCUGCAUUUGGACCUUGGAUAAAGAUAUGGGAUCUUGAAACCAAAGAAAUGGUUGAAGAAUUGAAACCAGAGGUUGUGUCUGCAACAAGUAAAGCGGAACCACCUAAUUGUCUGUCUUUAGCGUGGUCUACUGAUGGACAAACACUCUUUGCCGGUUAUUCCGACAGUACUAUUCGUGUUUGGCAAGUUUCUGUAUCUAGCCGUUAAAUACUUUAUAUUGAGAUAAAAUAAAAUAGAAAAAAGACACGAAA